UUUUGCGCUACUAUUAGCACCAGGUACUCUCCCCGAGACUUGCAUCCCCGUUGUUACCUUCCUGGGUAAUAUCCCCCCCCCUUUUUUUUCCCCUGCGUCCUAAAUAGCCCGCCAUGGCCGACCCAGGAAACGUCAUCGGCCGGACAGCCUCUGCGCGCACCAAGGGGCGGUCACUGGAGGAAAAGCGCUCCAGGCCGUUGGACGAUGUUGAAAGCCCUCAUGAGGUCGGGUCCAUAACGACAGACGGCAAAGGCGACCGCACUCAACGGAAGCUCAAGUCUCGACACAUCCAGCUGAUAGGUAUUGGCGGCACCAUUGGCACUGCCCUUUACGUCCAGAUCGGCCGUGGCUUGAUCGCAGGAGGUCCGGCGAGCUUGUUCAUAGCCUUCAGUAUAUGGUGUGUCUUCAUACUGGCCGUCACACUAUGCAUGGCUGAGAUGGUCACCUACCUCCCCAUCUCUUCGCCCUUUAUUCGAUUCGCAGGAAACUAUGUCGACCAGGCCUUUGGCUUCGCAGCCGGUUGGAAUUUUUUCGUGUUUGAGGCUGCUCUUGUGCCUUUCGAAAUCACAGCCUGCAAUUUGAUAAUACACUUUUGGUCUGACGCAGUCCCAGCUGGUGGUAUCAUUGCCAUAAUAAUCAUCCUAUACGGGCUAAUCAAUGUGAUGGCGGUUCAGUGGUAUGGCGAAACCGAGUUCUGGGCCGCUCUGGGCAAGGUCAUCCUCACCGUUGCCUUGCUGCUGUUCACCUUUAUAGUAAUGCUUGGUGGCAAUCCCCUCGGCGAUCGCUUUGGGUUCAGGCAUUGGCAGGAUCCUGGCGCAUUUGCCGAGCUGCAUUAUUCAGGUGAUCUGGGCCGUUUCUUGGGCUUCCUGCAGUGCCUCAUUCAGGCAUCCUUCACUAUCGCAGGCCCCGAUUACGUCGCCAUGGCUGCAGGCGAAGCCGAGAAUCCUCGCAAUGUCAUGCCCAGAGCUUUCAACGCCGUCUUUUAUCGCUUGACGGCCUUCUUCAUUCUCGGCGCCCUGGCCGUUGGUAUCCUUGUGCCAUCCAACGAUCAAGAUCUCGUCAACGCCUUCAACAGCGGCGCCCCAGGUGCAGCCGCCAGUCCUUAUGUCGUUGCCAUGAACCGACUACAGAUCGGUGUGCUGCCACACAUUGUCAACGCCAUGGUCCUGACAGCCGCCUUCUCCGCAGGCAACAGUUAUGUCUACUGUGCCUCGCGCUCACUCUACGGUCUCGCACUCGAGGGCAAGGCACCAAGGUUCCUCACCAAAUGCACCAGAAACGGCGUGCCGCUGUACUCGGUUCUUGUCGUCUUGGCAAUCUCGCUCCUUUCCUUUCUGCAGGUUUCAAACAACGCCGCAGUCGUCCUGUCGUGGUUCGUCUCUCUCGUGACUGCUUCCCAGCUUCUCAACUUUGCCGCCAUCUGCUUCACCUACACACGGUUCCACAAGGCCCUCGCCGCACAGGGCAUCGACCGCCGUACUCUGCCGUACAGAGGAUGGUUUCAGCCGAUCCCCGCGUGGAUGGGGGUGAUUGCGUGCACGACCAUGGCGUUCGUGGGCGGGUAUACCGUCUUCCUGCCCGGCAAGUGGAAGACGCCCGACUUUUUGUUCUCGUACACGAUGAUCAUCGUCACACCGGCCUUGUUUGUGGGUUGGAAGUUCUUCAACAAGACCAAAUUUCUCAAGCCCGAGGAAGUUGAUUUGAGGAAACAUAUCGACGAGAUUGAGGAGUACGAGAGAAACUAUAUCCCUCAGCCUUCCAAGGGGCUAUACAACAAGGUUCUCGACUCUUUAUUUGGCUGA